AUGGUUAAAGAAAGACAACGAAAGAUGAAGGAGGCGGAGACAGUUGUAAUUAUGAUUGAGGACAUUGUGAGGACACAACAACAAGACCUGCUCACAAUUUUGAACAUGGUCUGGACAAUUAUUACCUCGUCGAAUAUUGGAAAUAAUGAACUUGCAACUAUCACCUACAACAUGUCGUCAAAGCUUCCUGCUCAAGUAAGACACAUGGAUAGACUGUUUGGUCUAACUGAUAGAGACUGCAUCAGCAACCUCCGAAUGGAUCGCAAUGCAUUUGGGCGUUUAUGUCGGAUUCUACGCGACAGGUGCGGUUUGGUUGAUCAAAGAUACGUCCGAGUGGAGGAGCAGGGGUGCCUUGGUGCACUAGAUGGGACGUACAUAAAUGUGCGUGUUAGCAUCGCUGAUACACCUCGCUACCGGUCGCGCAACCGCCGGAUUGCAACAAACACACUAGCAAUUUGUGACCGGUUCCUAAGGUUCGUGUACAUUCUACCUGGAUGGGAGGGGUCUGCUGACUCGAGGGUUCUUCGCGACGCUGUGACUCGGCCCAAUGGUCUCAAAGUCCGAAAAGGAACGUAUUACUUGUGUGACAACGGAUAUGCGAACAGUGAAGGCUUCCUAACUCCUUUCAAAGGUGUCCGGUACCAUCUGAAAGAGUGGGGCCCCCAAAAUCAGAGGCCGACCAGUCCAAGAGAACUAUUCAACAUGCGCCAUACAAUGGCGCGUAACAUAAUAGAGCGUGCAUUUGCCGUGUUGAAGAUGCGGUGGGGUAUUUUGCGUAGCGCUUCCUUCUACCCUAUUGAGACCCAAACCCGACUCAUUAUGACUUGCUUCCUAUUGCACAAUUACAUUAGAGGAGAAAUGCAAGCAGAUUCAGUGGAACAAGAAUUGGACGACGCCGCACUUGAAGGUGAUGGGGGACAGCGGGCUGACGGUGAUGACCAAAAUGAUGUGGAGUACGUUGACGCAGUCGAAUCAACACCGGGGUGGAACCAAAUGCGUCAAGACCUCGCUGACUACAUGUGGCAGAAUCAGUAAGGAUUUCAGCGUGCAGUUGAAGAUAUAUGUAUUAUGCACUUUUAUCACUGAACAAUGUCUACCUAUUUCGAAUUAUGUUGGGAGUAUGUAUUUUGAUCGAUUGUAUGGUGUUGAUGUUUGACAAUCUUAAAUGAUUUCUAUAGUUUGUGCC